UUUGUGACACAUCAGUCUUUAUUAAAAAUUAUCAAGUAGAAUUAGAAAAUUUUAAAAUAAAGAAGCAAAAACGGAUAUUAUAACCAAUGAAGCUUUUAGGAAUAUUAUCUGUGUACUGCUUUUUGAUAGCAUCCAUUAACGCCACCCGAACAGUAGAUAAUUUUCUCUCACAGUCAGAUGUUCAAAAACUACAAAAUAUAUACAAUGAAGGAUUAAAAUCUAAUGACCUUCAAUCAAUCUACUAUUCUGUCAUCAAUUCAAAGGCCAUUCCAGCUGAUGUAAAAGCAAAUCUUUGUAAGAAACUUUCCACCAUUCAUACUGAGUCGAAGUUAAAUGAUUUUGAAAAGAACUUUUAUUAUAUCGGUGCCAGCACUUCGCUUCUGUGCAGUGAAAAGCUUCCAGCAAAUUUAAUAACACAACUGAAAUCAUCAUUCGACAAAGAAUUUUCUUCAACUCAGGAAAUGUUUUACAAUUUCUACGCCCAAAAGGCGCUUGAUCCAUCAGUGUUCCAGGAAUCUGUAAAAACAAAAUUGUCGAAAAAUCUACAAGCAAUUUUCAAGAAAGACGAUUCACUUGCAUCUCUUGGCUAUGGAUUUUAUAUUGCAAGUGAGCUUGGAUCGCUCGGAUCAUUUGCUUUUGAUCGAAUUGAGGAUGCAAUCGCUCAAUCUGAUGAAGUUGAUGGAAAAAUGUUGCAAUUUGAAGGUGGCUUGAGUAUUACAUCACUCGUUGUAAACGGAGCUUUCAAAGUCGCUACAAUUAACAGCAAACCAGCUCCAUUGACCUCAGAACAAGCUACUAAAUUUGCAACUUACUUCCUAUCACGUCGCUCAGUAACAACAGCUAAAGGAGCAAGCGUCCUCAUGGAAUCUUUAAAAACUAUUUCGGAACAGAAAUCAAUCACACCCAUUGCUAUUCGAAUAGCUGACAAUGGGCAAUUACAACCUGAAUCACCAAUUUUGAAGAUUCGCAUCACAAAUCUUCUUGGAGAAGUUUUGAAAGAAAAACCAGCCGCAGUUAAAGUUGCAAUAAAAUCGAAAACAUCAAUUCAAAAAGUUGUUGAUGGUGAAAAUUUGGCUCCAGUUGCAGCUGAUUUAACUCUUUACAAAUUGGAAUUAGCUUCGAAAAAGUUGCCUAAAGGACAAUACAGUGUCGAAGUUGUUGCUGGGGAAUUUAAACAGCCAAGUUUGUCAUUUACCAUUCUCGGAAAGGUGCGAUUGGAUAAAGUUGAAGUGACAAUUGCUGAUAUUGAUUCACAAUCGCCAUCAAAAAAAGUGUUGUUAGAAGGAGGCAAGAAAUUCCCAGAAAUUUAUUCAUUAGAUCAUCAACAAAAGAUUGGACUUCGUUUCGACAUCUUUGAUGAUCAAACAAACAAAGUUAUAAGCGUUCAUCAAGCGUUUGUUCGUUUCACAGAGAAAUCUGGAGAAGAAAUAAUUUUUAUUGCUGAACAAGAUGUCGCCAAAGCUUAUAAGUUCGAGAUGGAUAAACGUCCACCUCGUUUCGUUUCUGACUUAUUUACUGGACUUUGUUUUGCACCUGUUUUUGUUCUUUUCAUACUUUGGGGUCGCUUGGGAAUCAACUGCUCAAACUUUAGCUUCAGUUUAAGUGCACUUGGAUUCCAUGGAGGUUUAGGACUGAUUUUCUCACUUUUCUUGUGCUUUUGGCUUCAACUUGAUAUGUUCCAAACAAUCAAAUAUUUGCUGCCACUCGCACUCUUCACAUUCUUGUGCGGUAACAAAGUACUCAGAUACAUUGCAAGCAAACGAUUAGAGAAACCAGCAAAGGAGUAG